AUGUCGCUCCAACUACUCAUCAAUAAUCUCGCAUUGGUAUUUGAUACGAACAGUCCAGUGUCGAGUGUUGCAAUGAUUAUGGUCGGAUGUGUGCUGAACGUUGUAGUUUUGGAAAUGAUUUUAAAUAUUGACUCAAAAUUAGGACCACUCAUUACAUUGAUACAAUUUAUUUUUAUUGCUUUGGAGUCUAUAAGACAUAAUAUUGAUUGGGAGACAAAGUCUUUGAAGAAGAGAGCCAUUCCGUUGUGGUUUUAUUGUAUUUUAGUAUUCUUGUUCUUUUUCCAAUCCGUUGUAAAUAAUUUAGUAUUUUCGUAUCACAUUUCGAUUGUACUUCACACAAUAUUUAGAUCCAGCUCAUUGUUGAUGAAUUUAGCUAUCGGAAUUUUAAUGUUUGGAAAAACUCAUUCAAAGGAAAAGAUUUACUCUGUUGUGUUGAUUACUGUUGGAAUUUUCUUGGCUGUGGUUGCCUCCAAUAAGAGUGAAUCAACAGUUUUUGGACAGGAAAUUAAUGGAUCUGAAUGGUUUGUUGGAUUAAUGCUCUUAACAGCAAGUCAAUUCAUGACUGGGUUAUUGGGAAAUUUACAAUCGUAUGCCUAUCAAAAAUAUGGAACCAACGAUGAGAAUGAGAAUAUUUUCUAUUCACACGUAUUGUCCAUUCCAUGUUUCAUAUUCUUCGCUCCAUCACUGAUUGAAAAUUACUACUCCAUGCAACAACAUCCAAUUUUGUAUUGGUACAUGUUUUUGAGUGUACUAACUCAAAUUGUGUGUAUUAAGGGUGUCUACAAAUUGACUGCUCAAACCAACUCUUUGGCCACUACUUUGACCAUUACUGUGAGAAAGUUUGUCAGCUUGUUGUUUAGUAUCUUUUACUUUGGAAAUACCUUUACCCUUCUCCAUACCUUCAGUACCUUCUUGGUCUUUUAUGGCACACACUUGUUUGUUCAGAAACCAAAGAAUGUUAUUACUGCUUCAGAUUCAGCUCCUCCAACACCAACAACAGAGCUUCCUUCUUCAACAAAAUCGGAAAAGCCAAAGGAAGUUCACACUAAUUAA